CGGCGCCUUUGUCAAGAGCAGUCGCAGCUGACAACUGAUAAUAUACGUGUAUAACUGAUAACACAAUGGCUGCAAUCAAAGCGACAUUUGCAUCGCGACAAUUAGCGUUUGUUGGCGCCAGAUCGAUGCAUGUUAAAUUGAAUGUGUCUGAUGAUCAAAGUGUUGCAUCAGCGCGUCCCUUUUCCGAGGUGCCACGUCCAGGAAAACUAAAGUUUAUACGCGGUUUUAUGCCGGGUGGGGAGUUUCACGAUAAAUCCUUUUUGGAAUUUACCACGACCUUGCGGCAGAAAUAUGGUGAUCUCUUUAUAAUGCCCGGUUCAUUUGGACGCAGAGAUACCGUGGUCACAUUCAGCCCAAAGGACAUUGAGAUGGUUUUUCGCAACGAGGGCAUUUGGCCACAACGCGAGGGUUUCGAUUCUCUGGUUUACUUUCGCGAACACAUUCGUCCGGAUGUAUUUGGGGAGAAGAAGGGUCUAAUAGCCACGCAACAGGAGGAGUGGGGCAAAUUUCGUUCAGCUGUUAACCCCAUUUUUAUGCAGCCCAAAGGUCUCAAGAUGUACUACGAACCGCUGUCCAACAUUAACAAUGAAUUCAUCGAGCGCAUCAAAGAAAUUCGUGAUCCAAAAACUUUGGAAGUGCCUGAAAAUUUUGUAGAGGAAAUGGGCCGAUUGAUCUUUGAGUCGAUAGCAUUGAUUGCCUUCAAUCGUGAAAUGGGCAUCAUUCGAAAGCGGCGAGACAAUCCUGAUGCACUAACGCUUUUCAGAACAUCGCGUGAGAUCUUUCAGCUCACUUUUAAACUGGAUGUACAGCCCUCAAUCUGGAAGCUUGUUUCAACCCCAACCUACCGCAAAAUGAUGCGAGCUCUCAACGAGAGUCUCGAUGUGGCACAGCGUAUGUUGGAAGAGAGUCGCUUGGAGCUGGAGCAAAAGCGAAAGUCGGCGGAGAAUAUGACCAGCACUAGCAUGAUGGAGAGAUUGGUAGAUAUCGAUCCUAAGAUAGCGUUAAUCAUGGGCAUCGAUAUACUCUUUGCUGGCGUCGAUGUCACAGCCACUUUUCUAUCUGCUUUAUUGCUCUGCCUUAGCAAGAACCAGGGAAAACAGGAAAAGCUGCGAGAGGAACUACUCCGGGUGAUGCCAACCAAGGAGACAUUGCUAGAUGAGGAACGGAUGAAGGAUAUGCCCUACUUACGUGCCGUUAUCAAGGAAGCAUUGCGCUUCUAUCCCAAUGGACUUGGCACCUUCCGCCAAUGUCAGUCAGAUGUAACUCUUUCGGGCUAUAAUAUUCCCAAGGGCUCACAGAUUUUGCUUGGUUCCAAUGCUCUAAUGAAGGAUGAAAGGUACUAUCCCCGAGCAGAUGAAUUCCUGCCCGAACGUUGGCUUCGCGAUCCCGAGACGAACAAGAAGACGCAGAUCAGUCCGUUUACUUUCCUGCCCUUCGGCUUUGGUCCUCGUAUGUGCAUAGGAAAACGAAUUGUGGACCUCGAAAUGGAGACAUCGUUGGCCAAAAUCAUACGCAACUUUUAUGUGGAAUUCAACUACGAUGCAUCCAAGCCGUACAAGUCCUUCUUUGUCAUGGAACCGGCUAUACCUUUUCAAUUCAAAUUCACUGAUGUCGAGCAGUAAUGCCCACACUUAAGCCAAAUUUGUAAUUGCCAUAAUUUUGUAUAUAUUUUACCCCCAUAAUUUAUUGAAUGGAUGAAAGGUAAUAUAAGUUAGUGCCAAUUUUAGUUAA